UCAACAAGUCCCCUAUCUCAUGUACUGGACCUUUCGUACAUAUGCACGCACGCUCGACCUUGAUCAAUCGAGUUCUGCAUCCCACCCGAAGGAUCACAACCUCUUCCGAGAUGAAUCCGGAGCGUGCAUGGCAGCAUGCGUUCCUCCAUCCCAAGUUUCCCGCCGGUAAUCACAACUUGCAAGUCUCAUCGACAAUGGCUGCUGCACGCACGACCAUUUGGUCGCGACUCGAUACCUGCGAACCCCUCUGAGCCACCACCAAGCAACGCAAAAGCAUGCACGCUCAUACCACCUGCACAUCUUCCACACACCGGACAAUACUGCUACUGCUGCUUGCUGAUGCUGCUGCAUAUCCACGAACCAUCUGCACCUUUGAACGAACUCUCACCUCCGAGGACUCCGUUUCUAGCCUCUCCUGGGCGCACAGCGUGUUGUUCGUCUCGAUCUCCGAGGCCUCGUUGCGAACAAUGCGCUCAGCCAAUUCUCCCGCAGCAGGUACAUGAUUUUCAUUCCCCCCUGGGCCUAGGCGUCUAAUCUGCACAUUUGCACGUGCUGAAGUUUGUGCAACGAUACACAGACUGACGGGCCACGAUAUCAGCCCUGAUAUCACCCAUAUAUAUCGCGCUUAGGAAACGCUCAAGAGCCACCAAUGACGGAA